AUGAAGUUUUCCAUAAUUUUAUUGGCAUCAAUUGCCUUUUCGGCCGGUGCACCUGUGGAUUCGGAAAAGCAAAGUAAAGCAAUUGAUAAGCGUGACAUUUGGGAGGACGUUCAUGUGACUAAGACCAUCACCAAGAAGAUUCCAGUUCCUUACCCAGUAGAAGUCGAGAAGCACGUAAAAGUGCCCGUCCCAGUACCAGUUCCUGUGGAGAAGAAGAUCCCAGUGAUUAUUAAUCAGAAGGUUCCUGUAUUUAUCGAGAAAACAGUUCAUGUUCCAGUCGAUCGACCAGUGCCAGUUCCGUACAAGGUAGAGAAGAAGGUUCCAGUCAUUCACAAGGAAUACAUACCCGUUCCUAAACCAUAUCCCGUACCUGUUGAGAAACCUUAUCCCGUAUUAGUCAAAGAAAAGGUCUACGUUGAGAAGCCUGUCGACGUGACGGUGCAUAUCAAACAGCGCAAACAUUAG